ACAGCCGUCCAUCCAUUGCCCCUUAUUUUAUGUUGACGUUGUUGAACAGGCAAUAGAUAGAGAUAGAGAGGCCAUCAUCAUUAACCACAAGCAGCUCGAGAUCUAUUGUUGGCUAGCUACUAGACAAUCUUCCCCAAGAUGAAUACCCUUCGAAGGUUUUCUCGAACUGCCAACCAGAGAUCCAGGAAAUGGCAACCGACGACACGAGUCCUUUCCACAAAGCCCUCUUCUUGCGUUUCCAGUCUGCCAUCACUUUCCAACGAGGAACCGUUUGUCUCAGUGUCGUAUGGCUCCAUUAAUAAUAAUGUCAAAGGUGGUAGCCAUCGACCAUCGUAUUUUUGGCAAGAUCAUCGACAGGUCCUUGCUUCCUCCAUGCUAAAACGACAAUCCUUCUCGACCAGCACAACAUCGGAUGGGAAUACUUUUGAUUUCAAGAAACGGUUGCUGGCCAGCGCCCUCCAAGGGGAUGCACCUCAAGCACAAUCCAUUUUGGAACAAAUAGAAGAUCAAAUGAGAGCAUCCAACCAAAAAUCGACAGAAAGAGAGGAAGAAUCGCUUUUGGAAUGUCGAGAAGCCGUCUUGGAUGCAUGGAUCAAGUAUCAGAAACUACUAUUGACGGAAUGGCAAGCGUUGCAGGAAGCAACAGUUGUUAGUAAUGCCCCCAAGCAAGAGCAAGACGACAAUCCGCAAACAACAGCACAACCUCUAGUGGAAACCACGACUACUAAUACUAGUGGUAGCAACAAACAACGCAAGAAACAGCUGCAAGCACAAAUCUACGAGGCUGCCGAAAACGCCCAUCAAGCCUUGGAGAAAACGGUGCCCUUUUUGAACCAGUGGAGUGUUAUUUCCUUACAGCAGGUACAAUCCACAAAGAAAGGGGAUGCUUCGGACGAACCAUAUUUGGAAGAUGCUAUUAUAGGCCCAUCAUCAUCAUCCUCCUCGGGCAGAAACAAGGCGGUGAUAUCGCAUCGAUGCAAUGCCGUUCUCGAAGCGUGGGCCAUUGCCUCUCGUGUCAAUGCCAGCAGCAGCAGCAAACACAAAAAGAACCCCACCAGCAGUACUAGUAAAAAAGGAAUUCCCCAACGAGCCACCCAAUUAAUUCAACGAAUGCAAGCUGCCCCUGCCACCACACAAUCCACAACGAUCGAGUCCUACAACUGGGUUUUGGAGUCGUGGGCGUGGAGCCGCGAACAUUUGCGAGCCACCAUGGCCCAGCAGGUGUUUGACACCAUGGCAGCCAACCGAAGACGAGCCAAUGGAGAUUCUUAUCGAUGGAUUAUUCAGGCUUGGUGUCAAAGUCGACAGCAAAGGUCAGCCUUUCAUGCUACGGGGCAUCUCAUGAAGUGGUUGCGACUAUUGGAAUAUCGAAGGGAACGCAUCGAACCGACACCCGAAAUCUAUCAUAUGGUGAUGCAAGCAUGGACGCAAGCAGGCGAUCGAAAUGCUCCCAUGAAGGCCGCGGGAAUUUUGAGAAUCAUGGAGUUUGCCCAUGCCAAAUCGUUUUGCUCUGUCCCUGUCGAUGAGACGUGUUACCGCCACUACCUGGGUGCGUUGGGGCGUUGGAGCGUAGUGCCCGAACAAGGUCCUUUGGCCGACAAAAUCAUCAACCAGCUCAAAGAUCGACAGAUCGUUCCUGACCAAGAUUGCUAUGGAGCCGCCAUUCGUGUCCACAAAAACACGGCAUUGAAUCCACUGUUUGCCCAAAGUCGGGAGACUAGUAUUACGAGAGCCGUCGAAUUGUUGGAAGAACUGUCGCUGGCUCAUCACCGGACUGCUCUAAGGGCAAUCAAGCCUGAUACACAAAACUACAAUGAUGUCUUGGAAGCUCUGAGCGUGAGCAGCAGGGCAGUUUCCAAAGAUGUUGCAGAAACAUUGAUCACGGUAAUGGAAAAGGCAUCUGCAGAAGAAGGCAGCGAUUGCGACUUUCGCCCCAAUGCAGACUCAUACAAGUGGUUACUAGCGGUCCACGCAAGGAGCCGGGAUCCAGAUAAGGUAGAAACGGCAAGGCAUGUUUUGGAGCGAAUGACGGAAACUUUCGCCGAAGACAACAAUUCACGGGAUGAAUCAAUUGUUGAUCUCUACAAUGCUUUUCUCGAUGUCUGUUCCUCGGCUGCUCCCCUCAAAGACCACAGCCAGCCAACAAUAUUACAGGAGUCAUUGAAAGCCGUCGAGGAAUUGAAGUCUCGGUAUUCGCUUCAACCCAACCCUCAAACUUAUGCAAACCUACUUCGAGUGUGCAAGAAUCAUCUUGCUGUAGGCAAGGAACGAUCCAGAAUCGUGGAGACCAUCUUCAAGAGCUGCCGAGAUGAGGGUUUGGUCGAUGAAAGAGUACUGCGUUCACUCAAGUCUGUUGCAUCGGAGGACCAGUACAUGGAUCUCGUAGUGUCCAAGAGUGAUUUGGUCGAAGGGAAGCGCAUGGUUCCAGAAGAAUGGACCAGCAACGUCGGUUUGGACAAGAUUGUCUCGGCAGACGGAAGAAAGAUUGCACCGUUGAGCGUCGACGGUCGCUUCACCAUCACCAAGGCGAUGAAAGAGUACCGCAUGCGCAAGCUACGGUCGAAAGCCAAUCAGAGAGUUCUGCAAGGCGGUCGACUGAAACUGGACAAGAAGCAGCAGGGCAUGCCAAUCAUAAUUGAACUUGAAAGAUCAUAACAAUACUGCAAUACUAAUGAAUGAUUUACAUAC